CUUUGCCAGCCAGGCGUCGAAUCUCGCGAGAUUAUCCUCCCGGCGUCCCUAGCGGGAGAACAUGAAGGCACUGGCGGCCAUGUUAGUUUAGGCCCUUGACGGCGAACGCAGGCAGGAAUACAGGGAGGAAGGGAGGACCCGGGGCCCCGCAAUCCACAUCCAUCCGGCCCGGGAGACACCAUGAGCGGGGGCACUCCGUACAUCGGCAGCAAGAUCAGCCUGAUCUCCAAGGCGGAGAUCCGAUAUGAGGGCAUUUUAUACACCAUCGACACCGAGAACUCCACCGUGGCCCUGGCCAAAGGUAAGGCGAGCCCGGGCUGCGGCCUGGGGGACAAGGGGAGGGGCCGGGACACAGGGGGUCUGUCUGGGGGGGGGUGGAUACUGAGAGCCAGGACCGGCCUUCAUGGUGACAACAACAAAGAUGGAGGCGGUUCGGGGGGAGAAUUGAACCUUCAUUAUGGGGGGCUGUCUAUAUGGAGAGGUACCCUGUGCCUAUGGGGGUGGCCUGUCUAUAUGGAGAGGUACCCUGUGCCUAUGGGGGAGGCCUGUCUAUAUGGAGAGGUACCUUGUGCCUAUGGGGGAGGCCUGUCUAUAUGGAGAGGUACCCUGUGCCUUUGGGGGUGGCCUGUCUAUAUGGAGAGGUACCCUGUGCCUAUGGGGGUGGCCUGUCUACAUGGAGAGGUACCCUGUGCCUAUGGGGGAGGCCUGUCUAUAUGGAGAGGUACCCUGUGCCUAUGGGGGUGGCCUGUCUAUAUGGAGAGGUACCCUGUGCCUAUGGGGGUGGCCUGUCUAUAUGGAGAGGGACCCUGUGCCUAUGGGGGUGGCCUGUCUAUAUGGAGAGGUACCCUGUGCCUAUGGGGGUGGCCUGUCUAUAUGGAGAGGUACCCUGUGCCUAUGGGGGUGGCCUGUCCUGUGAGUACCCUGUGCUAUGGGGGCUGUCUAUAUGGAGGUGCCACUGUGCCUUUAUGGGGGUGUACAAUCUACAUGGAGGUGCCCUGUGCCUUACACUGGGGAGGCCUGUCUAUAUGGAGAGGUACCCUGUGCCUAUGGGGGAGGCCUGUCUAUAUGGAGAGGUACCCUGUGCCUAUGGGGGAGGCCUGUCUAUAUGGAGAGGUACCCUGUGCCUAUGGGGGAGGCCUGUCUAUAUGGAGAGGUACCCUGUGCCUAUGGGGGUGGCCUGUCUAUAUGGAGAGGUACCCUGUGCCUAUGGGGGUGGCCUGUCUAUAUGGAGAGGUACCCUGUGCCUAUGGGGGUGGCCUGUCUACAUGGAGAGGUACCCUGUGCCUAUGGGGGUGGCCUGUCUACAUGGAGAGGUACCCUGUGCCUAUGGGGUAGGCCUGUCUAUAUGGAGAGGUACCCUGUGCCUAUGGGGGUGGCCUGUCUAUAUGGAGAGGUACCCUGUGCCUAUGGGGGUGGCCUGUCUAUAUGGAGAGGGACCCUGUGCCUAUGGGGGUGGCCUGUCUAUAUGGAGAGGUACCCUGUGCCUAUGGGGGUGGCCUGUCUAUAUGGAGAGGUACCCUGUGCCUAUGGGGGUGGCCUGUCUACAUGGAGAGGUACCCUGUGCCUAUGGGGGUGGCCUGUCUACAUGGAGAGGUACCCUGUGCCUAUGGGGGUGGCCUGUCUACAUGGAGAGGUACCCUGUGCCUAUGGGGGAGGCCUGUCUAUAUGGAGAGGUACCCUGUGCCUAUGGGGGAGGCCUGUCUAUAUGGAGAGGUACCCUGUGCCUAUGGGGGAGGCCUGUCUAUAUGGAGAGGUACCCUGUGCCUAUGGGGGUGGCCUGUCUAUAUGGAGAGGUACCCUGUGCCUAUGGGGGUGGCCUGUCUAUAUGGAGAGGUACCCUGUGCCUAUGGGGGUGGCCUGUCUACAUGGAGAGGUACCCUGUGCCUAUGGGGUGGCCUGUCUACAUGGAGAGGUAAUUCCCAGCCUAUGAGGGUGGCCUGUCUACAUGGAGAGGUAACUGCGCCUAUGGGGUGGCCUGUCUAUAUGGAGAGGUACCCUGUACCUAUGGCCUGUCUAUAUGUGAGAGGUACCCCAGCCUAAGUGGGGGGCCUGUCUAUAUGGAGAGGUACCCUGUGCCUAGGGGGGUGGCCUGUCUAUAUGGAGAGGUACCCUGUGCCUAUGGGGGUGGCCUGUCUAUAUGGAGAGGUACCCUGUGCCUAUGGGGGUGGCCUGUCUAUAUGGAGAGGUACCCUGUGCCUAUGGGGGUGGCCUGUCUACAUGGAGAGGUACCCUGUGCCUAUGGGGUAGGCCUGUCUAUAUGGAGAGGUACCCUGUGCCUAUGGGGGAGGCCUGUUUAUAUGGAGAGGUACCCUGUGCCUAUGGGGGAGGCCUGUCUAUAUGGAGAGGUACCAUGUGCCUAUGGGGGGGGGGGCUGUCUAUAUGGAGAGGUACCCUGUGCCUAUGCUGGUGGCCUGUCUAUGGGGGAGGCCUGUCUAUAUGGAGAGGGACCCUGUGCCUAUGGGGGAGGCCUGUCUAUAUGGAGAGGUACCCUGUGUGAAGAAAACCUGAGUUUGUGGAGAGAUUCUCAGUGCUCCCGUGCUGAUGACAUGACUGUGUAAUGAGUUUGAUUAGUGUCCGUGCUGGUGGUCAGACUGUGUGGAGACUGACCAUAUUCUUACAUACGUGAAUGCCUAUUGUGGGGGUAGACUCCAGUGCUUGUAGGGCUUACUCUGGUACCAAUAGUCAGAACUGAAACUAUGGAGACACUUGUGCCAAUUGUUAAAAAGAUAAAAAUAAAUUAACAAACUUAAGUUCUGAUGGUGUGUGUGUGUGUGUGUGGAAUAUGGGGACAGUGCUUAUGAGAGAUUUGAGUAUCUAUCAUUGUCUGCCUAUCACUUACUGAAGGGGAGUCCUGAGUGCUUAUGGGUGGGAGAACUGACGGUUGGUGAAGAGAUUAGAUUUUUGUGGGGCAGACCUUUGGGAAGAGACUUAAGAGACUCUAUGGCUUAAAUAGCAAAAAUACAUUUUUAAUUGAUACACCCCAAAUAAACAUUUAUUUGUAUAAUUCUUUUUUUUCAUUGGUGAUAUAUCUAAAAACCACUUGCAAAAGCUGUAAAUCUAUUGUUUGCAGCCUUUACAAGCCCUUCUUCCCCAGCCUGUUUGUUUUGAAAUUUUGUAAAUUCGACCCUAUGUUCACCCUCCACUCUCUCCCUGCUCAUAGCGUGCACACUUUGAGCCAGGGUUAAUGGUCCAAACAAAUGCCUCUCAAGAGAAUGCAGAGGCGUUGAAUGGGGCAUUGUAAAUUGGAGUGUGGAGUUUUGGGUGGCACUGGAUUCCUGAUAUGUUUUAUUCUUGGUAUACAGGUUUAUAAAGGCGGGUUGAGGGACCUAGUUGCUAAUGGCCAAGAGGGCAUUGCAAAAUGAAAAAUAGAUUUAUUUAAAAAUGGUUCUGAGAAUCGUCUUUUUUUUUUUUUUUUUUCACGCUCUACCUGUGUCGUCAUGGCUGAGAUUAUCAAUCUUGAUCUCAACCAAGCGAAUGCUUUCCCAUAGGAAAGCAUUGGGAGGUUAUUACACAUGCGCGAAAAAAUUCUUCACUGCACAAGUCAACAUCUCCUCAUGGAGAUAGAUGCAUAUAUAAUCAAUGCACCUCCUAUGGGGAAGAUUUUGUGCCUCAUUGCAGAGGGUUGAGAUACUGGACUAGGAAUCACCUCUACUGUCUAUGUGAGUGACUGUCACUAGAGGUGUUACUCGGCAGCAAUAUAAACACUGCCUCUGAAAAGGCAAUGUUUACAUUGAAAAGCCUGCAGGGACAGGAUAUAGACACAAGAACCAAUACAUUAAGUUGUAAUGGUUCUGGUGAAUAUGGUGUCCCUUUUAACAACUGUACUUCUGUCAUUGAAAAUGAAAUGUAAAGUUUAAAAGCAUUAUGUGGAGAUCGGGAGAGGGGGGUUCUUCCACUGCAGAGAGACAUACAGUACGUUUUUGUGUGGCUUGUAUUCUCUUCAUGAACAUCUCUUUGGAGAACUGUAAUUCUAAAACCACAGCCUCUGAAAUAUUAGUGGAUUUAAUGUUCAGACGUGGGAGAAUGUCAUUUUCCUCGUUAUUGAAUCCUAUUCCUUUGUCCUGUGUCAGUUUCGUUGUAUUAGCCUUCCCAGUACAAUUGCCACGUGUUCUGUUUGCGUGCAAAAGCACGAGAGUACUUUAGUCACAGAUGGAUGCUUUUGUGCUGUCAUGUUAUGGAACAUUUUUAGUCUCUUUGUUGACAUAGAAAGGGACACUAUAGGAAUCCAAACCACUUCAUCUCAUUGAAGUGAUCUUGGUGCAGUGUCCCUGUCCCCAUUAGCCUGGCAGUGCUAAGACUGCAACUAGUGGCUGUCUCCCAAAGAUCCACUAGAGGCGCUUCCUGCAGUUCCACAAAGUUUGACUCCAUGAAACAACGCUCAAGUCCUUACUCUUUGCAUGUGGACACUCGGUGUCAAACAAAACGCUAUAGGAAAGCAUUAAUGGGGGGAGGUGGCGUGUCUUCUGGUCAGUCGUGCUGUAAACCAUUUUUUGCCAUCUCUGUGAUGGCAGCUAUGUUUAUUACAUUGUGAAUGUUAAAUGUGUUGGACUGUUUGAUCGUUCCAUGGACGUCACCCUGGAGACAUUGUUUGUUUUCACCUUUUACUCCUUACACAAUGAGGAUAUACAUAUGACUGUUGCAUGUCUGUGUUUUGUGAUAGAAUUUAUCUUGAUUCCAAGGCUCAAGCUUAUAGGUGUCAUAUAAUGAUAUCCUAUAUUAAAAUUGGCUAACUUGAUUUGUGUGGUUAAGAAGCUAAUGAUCUGAAUGUCGUUAUGUUGAUUAUAAAAUAUAUAUAUAUAUAUUUUUUUUUUUCAGUUCGUUCAUUUGGAACAGAGGAUCGACCAACAGAGCGACCUAUACCUCCUCGCGAUGAAAUUUUUGAAUAUAUCAUAUUUCGCGGGAGUGAUAUUAAGGACCUAACAGUUUGUGAGCCUCCAAAACCCCAGUGCUCGCUGCCUCAGGACCCAGCUAUUGUCCAGGUGACUGGUUGAUAUUUUGUUAUGACAUUUACUAAAAAAAAAAUGGGUCACUAUAGGCACCCAGACCACUUCAGCUCAUUGAAGUGGUCUGAGUGCAAACUCCCAUCAACUUUAACCCUGAGCAUGUAAUUAUUGCAGUUUUUAUAAAGUGCAAUAAUUACCUGCUUGGGUUAACUCUACCAGACAGCCACUAGAGGGACUUCCAGGUGGAUAGACGACUCUUGGUCUCCUAGACGAUGCUGGACGUCCUUACGCUAUGCAUGAGGACUUCCAGCAUCACCGAAAUCCCUAUAGGAAAGGGUUGAAUAAUGUUGUGGGAGAAAUUUUAAAUAAAGUUGAAUAAAAAAAAAAUAUAUAUAUAUAUCCUAGCUAUAAUAUUGACCUGUGCAAGGAACUUCUAUAUGUGUAACAUGCAUCUUCUCUCUAGUCUUCACUAGGUUCCCCUUCAACUUCCUCAUUCCAGCCGGUGAGCUCUUAUGGGCCCUUUGGCAGAAUGCCGGCAUACAGCCAGUUCAGUCCCAGUCCUCUUGUUGGACAGCAGUUUGGUGCUGUGGGAGUUGGUAUGUUUUAUUUUUCUUAUUUUCUCAUCCCAGUUUCUUUAAAAAUAAAAAAAGUUUAAAUUGAGAAAUUCAUUCAGUGGUAGAUGGGGUUAGAUAGGACUGCCAAAAUGUAUAGUAAGAAGAGGAUUUUUUUUUUCCCAAUAAAUUUAUGAAUUAUAUUGUGUAAUUUUGGCUAUUCUAUAAGCAUAUUAAUUUUCCAUCUGUGUUUUAAGCCUAUGCUUUUCAAAUCCAUUACCAGCUUAUAAGGUUCACAAACAUAACUUGGCAGUGGUUUUGGUCGUAGUUUUCACAGUUUCAUAUUGCGUUUUCCUAAUCUACAUAAACAACUUGGGCUCUUAAAAAGGAAGUUCAAUGUAAUGCAUUAAUAAGCCAUGCUUAAAAAAAAAAAAAAAACCAUUGUAUUCCUAACACUAUAUAUAGAAAUCCCUUCAAUGUGUACUAAUAGCAACUUGAGCGGUUGAAAAUAUAUAUGCAAAUAUUUUUCUUGCAUCCUUGGCAUAUUUCUUAACUUAUCCCUCGUGCUGCCAGUGUACUUUAUUAGGCUUUGUGACGUAACUGCACGUACACUGUCAUUCAUAAAACCUUUAUAAUACUGCCAUAUUGGUAGCGACUCCAGACUGAUUACUGUGGUCUUUCUCUUUUACGGGUGACUUAUUUAGUCUAGUAUUUUUGAUUUAAACAUUUUUUUUAUUUUAUUUUUUCUUAAUAUAGUUUGGAAUUUAAAAAAAAAAAAAAAAAUCUCCUCUCCCCCCCCCCCCAUCAUUAGGGUUUGUGUUAUCAAGAUCAGAUAUUUUUCUCAAGAUCUUUAUAUAGAACCCACAUUGACCAUUUAUAUUCUCUCGAAUGCAGGAAGCUCUCUGGCAUCAUUUGGCACAGAAACUACUAGCAGUGCUCCGUUACCACAAAGUAGUACUGUUGGGGCAUCUUUUGCACAAGAACCAAGGACCCUGAAAACUCAGCUGUCUCAAGGUUAGUGAGCUACAUUUUAUUUAUUUACUUGAAUAGACUUGUCCCUUUGAAAAAGAAAACAAAAAAGCCUUGAGUGGCUGUCAUCAGAAAAUGACUAUGCAGCUCUUCAAAAGCUGGAUAUAUUAGGCACCCUGUUAACAGUAUUCCAAGCAUCUUUUAAUCUUUCCUCCCAAAUGGAAAGUGUGUACGUGAUCAGCAAAUCACAGGUUAUAGUUUGGUACCGAGUUGUUUUAAGAACCUUUUUUUUUUUUUUUUUUUGCCCAUAGUGGAUUAACCAGAUUUAAAUGGAACACUGUAGGUACCCAGUCCCCACCAAUGUCUCACUGAAUAGUUACUUGGUGUACAGUAGUAACUUAGUCACAAUUUCAUUAUUGGCUAGAAGAAAGGGCAGACUUAAAGGUAGCAGAUCACUGAAAAGUGUCCAAGGAGACUUUAUCUUCUAGACAACAUAUAAACUUAAGCUGCACCAAUGAUCGACCUACCUCUGGGCCCAUAGUGUUUACCAUAAGACACUAAAGAUGAGCAACAUAUUUUCAUGUGUUGCAUUUUGAAUUUAAUUUGCACGAAGUAUAAUAUAAACAUUUUCAUUUUAAUAGCAGGUUUCAGUUCAGAGUAUGUAGAUGAUCUCGCUUUUGUCCACUUUGUAGGUCGUUCAAGUCCUUCAUUCGAUCCUUUGCGAAAGAGUCCUUCACUUGAGCAGAGCAUACAGGUAGCAUCUUCAACCCAUGUUGCAGCUGCCACGGCAAGGAGUCCAGUUAGCUCAAGAUCACUCCCACUCACGACCCAAAAGACUCUUGAAAGUCCAGAACAAAGAAAAGGUAAAUGUGCUCUAAUGUAUUAAACCAGAACAACAUAUGGGCUGGCAUCAACCUCAUGCUCUGUGUCUAUCUUGGUUUUUGCAGCUGAUUCACAGAGGGUGUUGAAACCUGACCCUGAACAGCUGAGGAAUGAUAGAGAUCCAAAUAGGAGACAGGCAGGUAAUGAAAGAUUAGCCGCUUUCUUUUUUUCUAAAAUCUAGAAAAUCACUUGUGUAUGUUGCAUUUCUUAAUAUAUCCACUUAUCACAGGACCAGGUGCUCCUCAGCCCAGGAGGGGACGUGGUGGACAUCGGGGUGGUCGUGGGAAGUUUGGCAUCAGAAGAGACGGGCCUAUGAAGUUUGAGAAAGAUUUUGACUUUGAAAGUGCAAACGCACAGUUCAAUAAGGAGGAAAUUGACAGAGAAUUUCACAACAAACUUAAGUUAAAAGGUGACAAAAGCAUACUAAAACCUAACUUCUGCUGCUCCCUAGAUCCAACACCAGUCUCCUUGAAUGUAAAACCUGCAAACACUGCUUGACCAAUUCUACAACCAGGUUCUAUAAAUCAGACAGGCUGAUUUAAUGUAAGCAGCUUCUGUGUUUCCUUCAAUUAUGUAAAGCAAACAGUUUUAGCUGCCCUGGAUGAAUUAAGUAGGAAAUGUAACAAAUUGUAGUAAGUAAACUCCCACUUUCUUUAUUUCAAUGUUGGAAUCUGAUAGUAUUUUUUAGUAUCUUAGUUUCUACAUUAUAACAUUAUCUUUCUUUCAGAUGACAAACCAGAGAAACCAGUCAAUGGGGAGGAAAAAGCUGACUCUGGGGUAGACACACAGAACAGCGAAGGCAAUGCCGAGGAAGAAGAGGCAGUGGGGGUUGGUGCAACAAGCAGCUACUAUGACAAAACCAAAUCUUUUUUCGAUAAUAUCUCCUGUGAUGACAACAGGUAAGGAAUAUCCAAUUUUCCUUAUGCUGACAGUAGUAAGUUGAAAUGUAUGCAUUCAGCUUUUAUUUUUUUAUUUUUUUGAAAUCCAAAAUUACACAAUUCUUAAAACUGGAUGUGUCUUGCAUUAUUAGGUCCCUUUAUUAGAGCUGAGUGGUGUUGGAAAACUUUGCUUACAGGGAUACUCCAGACCCCUAAAGUACUUUAGCUUUGUGUGAAGAGUGCGUCGUCUAUUUAUUUUUUUCCUUCCAUUUUAAUUUAUUUUUUCAUUUUGCCAAAAGUGCAGAUUUCAGUUGAAAUUAAACUCAAGAAGCCGCAACUGCCCGCACUGAGCUGCAUUGGGAAGUCUGUGAUUGGUCAGCCACAGAAAGUCUGGGCUGGGUUUGAAGGGAAGGGUUAGCAAAGGCUGCAGACAAGAUAUCUGCAGCUAUAGUAAACUGUUUUUAGAUCUAACCCAAUGAUAAAAUGCAUGCAAGUUUUCAUUGGGGAUACCUACUAAACAGUGAUUUGUACCGUAUAUACUCGAGUAUAAGCCGACCCGAAUAUAAGCCGAGGCCCCUAAUUUUACUCCAAAAAACUGGGAAAACGUAUUGACUCGAGUAUAAGACUAGGGUGGGAAAUGCAGCAGCUACUGGUAAAUUUCUAAAUAAAAUUAGAUCCUAAAUAAAUUAUAUUAAUUGAAUAUUUAUUUACAGUGUGUGUAUAUGAUGAAUGCAGUGUGUGUGUAUGAGUGCGCAGUGUGUGUGUAUGAGUGUGCAGUGUGUGAAUGCAGUGUGUUUUGUGUUGCAGAGCCUUGGUGGGGGGGUGGGCAUUUUUAUAAAAAAAAUUUUUUUUUAUAUUUUAAUUUGUUUUGUUAUAUUAUUAUUAUUUUUUUAUUAUUAUUUAUAUUAUUUUUAUUAUUAUUAAUAUAUUAUUAUAUUUAUAUAUUUUGUUGUCCCCCCUCCCUGCUUGAUACAUGGCAGGGAGGGGGGCUCUCCUUCCCUGGUGGUCCAGUGGCAUUGGCAGUUCAGUGGGGGGAGGAGGGGGCUGGCAGAGCUGUUACUUACCUCUCCUGCAGCUCCUGUCAGCUCUCUCCUCCUCCGCGCCGGUCCGUGCAGCUCUUCUCUCAGCUCACUCUGUAAGUCUCGCGAGAGCCGCACUAUGACCCUGCGGCUCUCGCGAGACUUACACUGGGAGCUGAUCGAGGUGCUGCACGGACCGGCGCGGAGGAGGAGAGAGCUGGCAGGAGCUGCAGGAGAGGUAAGUAACAGCUCUGCCAGCCCCCAGUCUGUAUUAUGGCAAUGUAAAUUGCCAUAAUACAGACUGACUCGAGUAUAAGCCGAGUUGGGGUUUUUCAGCACAAAAAAUGUGCUGAAAAACUCGGCUUAUACUCGAGUAUAUACGGUAUUUGGGCAGUGGAGUGUCCCUGUUCAUGGGCUUGAGUCAUGUCAAGACUUCUCAGAUUCGACAAGACUUUUCUCUACUUGUUUAGAAAGAUCCGUUGUUUGUGUAAUUUGUGAGUAUGGCUUGCGCACGGUGACGCACAAAUAGGAAGCAUCUUUUCUUUAUGGGGAGAUUCCAGAUAUCCCAAACUGUGGCCAUGGUAGAAGGCUAUCCGUUUAUAGAGCAGCUCCACUCAUUCUAUGUGGCACUGCUCAUGGCCGAUAACGGACCUAUCCCAUAAAUUCCUGCUUGACAGGGGCUCACAUGGAACAAAACCAUUUCAUAGACCAUAAUAGCAUGCUUGUGAUUGGAGUUGGCUGACUUGUGUAAACUCUACCGCUAAAAAGUUGUAUGCAAGUCUUGCGCUUUGUUUUUUUUUUUUUAUAAUGUGUGUAUAAUUCAUUAUUCAUAGCUUUAGUAUUUGGACAAAACGCACACUGUUGACAUAGUGGAUGUUGAAUGGCAUGCGUAGUAAGCACAAGCUUCAUCCUUCUAGUAGUUCUGCUUACUUUGAAGCAAGUGUGGCACGGGCAACAAUGUGAAACAAUUAUUUGCCGAUAAGUCAUAUAGGAUUUGGAUGGAAUGUAGUAAGGAAUAGUGUUAACACCAGUGUAACACUCAGAAUCUAGAUUGUGGCAGCUGUGACAAUGCUGGAGAGGUGAUCAGUAUUCAUUAAAAAGGUUAAGCAAUGCAAUAGAUCUCUAUUGCAUUAUGCUGCUGUGAUUGGAUGAGUGUGUCAGCAGACUGCUUUCAGUUUAUCACAAUGUCCAUCCAUGUAGAAAAUUGAUCUGGUUAGAAGAAAGUUUGUAAUCUCUCUGCCUUAGCCACAUCACUAGUGGGAAUAGGGCUAUGGGAAGCCAGGGAUUGUCAUUCAGUGUUAAACUGCUCAAAAAUGAUUUAACACUAAAUGGAGGAAUAGUUCCAGGUGCUAUAAUUCAAAUGCUUAUAGUGACUCUCUCUUUAAAGGUGUUGAUAAAAUCUGCAAUUGCAUGUGAAAGGAUCGCCGCCAUCAGUCCUUAUUUGUAGUAAAAUACUCAGUAAAAUGUCUUCAGUAGUGUAUGCUAUAAAAGUUAAUGAUAUUCUGAAUGUGUUUCCUGCAAAACUGCCCUUUGUAGUUUAGUCCUUCAUUUUUAAAGGAAGUGAGAGGUGGUAUUUUGAUCAUACCCCACACAAAAAAUCCUAUUUAACCCAUUCAGGACGGAGUCAAUAGUGCAUGUUCUGAUCUAAACAAAAACUGGAAUUUGCGCUAUGUCUGUUCAACCGUAAUUCACCGCUGUCACAUUAAGUGCACCCACACUUAUUAUAUAUCAUUUUGUUCAGGAGAAACGGGGCUUUAAUUUAUCAUUAAAGGACCACUAUAGGCACCCAGACCACUUCAGCUUAAUGAAGAGGUAUGGGUGCCUGGUCCACCUAGGUUUAACCCUGUUUUCCUGGCACUAUAGUGGUCCUUUAACUAUUCAUAUAUGGAACAUAAUUUAUUAUGAAUAAAAUGUAAAAAAAAGAUUUUAUUUUUUUGUUUUUUAAUUUGUAUUUCCGUCUGACAUUUUAGCUUUGAAUUUGUAUUUCAAUGUCAAAAAAAUGAAAUGCAAGCCUUAUAUGUGACUCUCUCUAGAUUUCCAAAACACCAUAAAACCUGUACAUGGGGGGUACUGUUAUUCUCGGGAGACUUCACUAAACACAAAUAUUAGUGUUUUAACCCCUUAGCGACCGAGGACGGUUCAGGACCGUCAUCGGCAUUUUUGCCUUGAGGACCGAUGACGGUCCUGAACCGUCCUAACGGUCUGGGGGUACUUACCUGAUCGCCGUCGUUCCCCCGGCGGCGAUCAGUGUUGCUCCGGUUGUGGGGAGACUGCCUGCAGCCCAGACAGUCUCCCCACACUGAUUUAGGACCCCUGUGGCCAUGUGAUCGCUUAACACAGCGAUCACAUGGUCACAAUAGGUGUCCAUAGUGCUGCCUGCAGGGGGACUGCCUGUGCUGACAGGCAGUCUCCCUGCUAGUGUAAAAUCAGUAAAAAAAAAUAAAGUUAGUGUUAAUAAAAAAAAAUAAAAUAAUAAUUAUAUAUGUGUAUAUAUGAUAUAUAGACAUAUAAUAUAUCUAUAUAAUGCCAUACUAAGUGUAUUUUUAUAUUAAUAUGUACUUAUAUUAAUAUAAAAAUACACUUAUAAUUAAAUUACACAUGUAUAUAUAUAAUAACUAUAUAUAUAUUGUGUGUGUAUAUAUUAUUAUAAAAUAUAAAUAAUAAGUAAUUUAAAUUAAAUAAAAUUUUUUUUAAAUAAUAAUAAAAAUAAAUAUAUCUAUAUGAAAUUUUAUUCUAACUGUAUUUUAAAAUUAAUAUAUAUAUUUAUAUCAAAAUACACUUAGAAUGAAUUUGUAUAUAUAUCUAUGUAUAUAAAAAUAAAUAAAAAUAAUAAGAAAUAUACAUAUGUCCAUAUACAAAAUUACAUAAAUAAUUAUAUAAAUAUACACGUAGACUUCAAAUAUAUAAAUAUGCAUAUAUAUUUAAAUUCUACGUGCGUAUUUAUGUAAUAGUUUUACAUAAUUCAGUAAUUUUAUUGAUUGCAAUUUAAGGGACCUGCCUGCCAACCCAGGCCGAAAUUCCAGAGAAUUAAAUUUGCUAGCACUGUAUUUUACCCUGUAACGUUCUACGACACCCUAAAACCUGUACAUGGGGGGUACUGUUUUACUCGGGAGACUUUGCUGAACACAAAUAUUAGUGAUUCAAAACAGUAAACCAUAUCACAGCGAUGAUAUUGUCAGUGAAAGUGACUUUUUUUUGCAUUUUUCACACACAAACAGCACUUUUACUGAUGAUAUUGUUGUGAUACAUUUUCCAGUUUUUAAACACUAAUAUUUGUGUUCAGCAAAGUCUCCUGAGUAAAACAGUACCCCCCAUGUACAGGUUUUAUAGUAUUUUUGAAAGUUACAAGGUCAAAUAUAUGGGUCAAAUAUUUUUACAUUGAAAAUGGCCAGGUUGGUUACGUUGCCUUUGAGAGCGUAUGGUAGCCCAGGAAUGAGAAUUACCCCCAUGAUGGCAUACCAUUUGCAAAAGAAGACAACCCAAGGUAUUGCAAAUGGGGUAUGUCCAGUCUUUUUUAGUAACCACUUGGUCACAAACACUGGCCAAAAUUAGCGUUCAAUUUAGUUUUUUUACUUUUUUCACACACAAACAAAUAUGAAUGCUUACUUUGGCCAGUGUUUUCGACUAAGUGGCUACUAAAAAAGACUGGACAUACCCCAUAUUGAAUACCCUGGGUUGUCUACUUUAAAAAAAAUAUGUACAUGUGGGGUGUUAUUCAGAGAUUUAUGACAGAUAAUAGUGUUACAAUGUCACUAUUGAUAAAUUUUAAAAAUUUAUGUUUUGAAACCGCAAUAUUCUACUUGUACCUAUAGCCCUAUAACAUGCAAAAAAAAGCAAAAAAGCAUGUAAACACGGGGUAUUUUUAAACUCAGGACAAAAUUUUGAAUCUAUUUAGCAGUUUUUUUAAUUCGCUUUUGUAGAUGAGUAAAAGCUUUUUCAAGUAAAAGUCAAAAACAUGUAUUUUUUUCAAUUUUUCAUCAUAUUUUUUUAUUUUUUUUAAAAUUAAAAUACAAGAGAUUAUAUAAAUAAUGGUAUGUAAAGAAAGCCCCUUUUGUCCUGAAAAAAACAAUAUAUAAUUUGUAUGGGAACAGUAAAUGAGAGAGCGGAAAAUUCCAGCCAAACACAAACACCACAAAAGUGUAAAAAUAUGCCUGGUCGCAAAUGUACAACAUCGCAAAAACAGUCCAGUCCUUAAGGGGUUAAAACAGUAAAACAUAUUACAACAAUAAUAAAACAGUAAUAAAAAGUCAAAAACAGUACGCCCCAUGUACAGGUUUUAUGGUGUCUUGGAGAGUUACAGGGUCACAUAUAGUGCUUGCGAAUUAAAUUCUCUGCACAUUCUCCCUCUGUCAGGCAUGUCAAUCAAAUUUUAAUUAAUCAAAUCACAUUAUGUUAAAAGAUUACUUAAAUAUACAUGUAGAAUUUUAAUAUAUGCAUUUAUAGGUAUUUAAAUUCUACGUGUAUACUAAUGUAAUCUUAUGUAUAUGUAUGCGGUUAUUUGUAUUUUAUAUAUAGAGAGAUGGAUAUAACAAGUGUGUAUGUGUGUGUGUGUGUAUAUAUAUAUAUAUAUAUAUAUAUAUAUAUAUAUAUAUAUAUAUAUAUAUAUAUAUAUAUAUAUAUAUAUAUGUGUGUAUAUAAUCUAUAUAUAAUAUGCGGUUAUUUGUAUUUUUAUAUAUAUAGAAUGUCAUUCUAAGUGUAUUUUGUUACCUAUAUAUUAACAAAAUAGUUAGAAUUAAAUUACAUAUGAAUAUAUAAUUUAGAUUAAAUUUUGUUUCAAUUUAUUUUAUGUAUUGUAAUUAUACGUGUAUAUAUAAUGUGUAUAUAUCUUAUAUAUGUAACGUCAUUCUAAGUGUAUUUUAAUACUCAUAUAUACUUAAUAUUAAAAUGCAUUACGUAUCACGUUACAUAUAUAUAAGAUGUGUGUAUAUUAUAUUUAUAAUAGAUAUAGAUAGAAAUGAGCUGUCAGGCAGUCCUCCCGAAGUGGAGCGCCGGGAAGGUGAGUAUCCCGGGCGCUCCAGGGGCUUCAGCUGUUACGGUGUUCUAUGCCGCCGCAACGGCUUUAAAGCACAUUUAAAUGGGGAGGGCAUAGAACGCCGUAACAGCGUUAAGGGGUUAAAAGCCCUCUGCUGAAUAAUUGAAAUAUGGAGCGUUUGUGUGCAGCAAGUCUUUACAAAUCAAAUUUGUUUCCCCACUUUGCAGAGAUCGAAGGCCAACAUGGGCAGAGGAAAGGCGACUAAAUGCAGAGACAUUUGGAGUUCCUCUGCGUUCUAACAGAGGGCGUGGAGGUUUCCGUAGCAGAGGCAACGGCAUGGGAUACCGAGGUGGAAGAGGGCGUGGUGAAAGAAGAGGAGCGCCUGGUGCUUUUGGAGGACCUCGUGGUUACAGAGGCGGUUACAGAAGCAGUCGCGGAGGCAGAGAAUUUGCAGAUUACGAAUACAGGGUUUGUCUUAACCAAAUUUACAGUGACUUUUUCUAAGAUUCAGUAACAAUGUUGCACCUAUCACAAAUUAACGUCCAAGUAGUGCAAAUUUUGGUGGAUUGAACAAAAAUUUCCUGCCAGACAUUUUCUAUUUUUACUUAAUGAAAAUGUCCUGCUGCUACAGCCUGCCUUUUUAAACUCUGCAGAGUUCACAUUUUAUAUAAUAUUUCUUGCUUUAGAUUAUUUCUUACAAUUCAUUUAAAGGCCAGUGCUGUCAAUUUGCAUUUUUGAAGCCUUUCUGUAGCAUUAGCACAAUCUUAAAUACAAAUAUAAAAUGUUAAACUUAAUUUUAUUCACCAGGAAGCCCGAUGGAAAUUCAUUCCCAGAAUUACAUGUUAUAGGGACAGAAAAUAAAAAUUGUAGGUUUAUGCUGGGGUGGCUCACCUGUUCAUAGUCAGGAAUUCUUUAGGGAAUUUGUAAAUUUAAUGGGACACGCUAGGCACAAUUAUUUUAGUUCAUUGAAUUGGUUAUAGUGCCUAGAGUCCUCUGGCACUGUUUCUCCAUUCAAACUAUUUUCGAGCAGUUUAACAUUGCAUGAGAGUCCCUGGCUAACCAGACUGGCCCCUACUGGAUGUGUAGCUAAGAUUAGGAUGACUGCUUUCAUCCUAUCUUCAAUGUUUAAUCAUUAGCCUGAGCAGCACAGAGGGGAUGGGUUGCUGGGGACCCAUUUAAAACCGUUUAUCACUGAAUGCAAGGAGAGCACCUGGGGACUCGAGACACUAUAACCACUUCAACGAGCUGAAGCCGUUACAGAAUCUGCAGUGUUCCAGCUGAGCUGCAAACAUAGCUGACUGUUCACUUUGAGCUUCAUUUUGCAAUUCCUCAGUAAGCUUCCAAAUACUCAUUUGUUUUCGUGAAUAACAUCAUAAGUGUUUAGUGAAUAAAAAAGACCUGUUUUAAUAUGAAACGUUUCUUUACAGAUAUUUGAUAAAUAUAACCCUUUUCCUGUUAAUGAAACCUAAAACAAAUCAGAAAAAUAAAACAUACAUUCAAAAAAAAUAAAAAUUCUCCCCCUCACUUUUAGUCCCGCUGCCAGGGAAAGCGUUAAUGCUGGAGUCAUUUCUGUUAACUUUGCAUUUUGUAAUUUUAUUUUUUUUUUAUUUUUUUUUUUUCAGAAGGACAACAAGGUGGCUGCCUAGUAAUGGCUGAUGCGGUGUGAAAAUGGAUUUUUAAUUUUUAAAUCUUUGCGGUCCAGAGAACUUGUUUUCAGUCUUUGUGAAGAAUGAAAUUAAUUUGCUGUACAUUUUUGUCACCAGCACUGGGAAUCAAACUGCCUGACUUAACUCCCUCAGUGUUGUAGGGUCCUACUUGCCUACAGCUUUCUGAUGGCGGGUGGGCUCUGCAUCACUAAAGGACAAAUAGAGCAGUUCUGUAUUUUGUUUCUUUUUUUGAAAACUGAAAAUGGCCAUUUUUGAUAAUAUUGAGCAUUAAACAUGUUUGCAAAAGAAGACGGAAUAACUCAUUUUGGUAUGUAUACAUUAUCAAAAAUACAAACGGCAGUACUGCAAUGGGAUUUGAGGUUUUUGUGGUUUUGUUUUUUUUCUCAAUACGGAGGAUUUUUUUUUUUGUACACAUUUCAGCUGCUGCGACAAAGUAUUCUGAGAGCCGUCGAUACUGUGAGCUUUGAUCUGAUGAAGGUUUUAAUUUUUUAUUUUUUUUGUUCUAUAACUAUAUAAAUUUUAUUUUUGUGGGAGAUGACUGAAUUCUAGGGACCUCCCAAACAAGAUCUUUAUUAGCAGCACAUGAGAUGGUGUAUUUUUUAUUUUUUUUUGGAAUGCAUGACAUGAAGCAUUAACAUGUUAUGCUGUUUCUUGGGCAAAUAACUAUUUUAUAUAGUUGUAAAAUUCCAAUAUAUUCCUACUGCCAAAGAAACAGCUUUGUACAGCUAUAAAAAAAAAAAUACAAAAAUAAGGAAAAAAGCAAAAGCCUUUGUAGUCAGCAGCACAUAUAAUGGGUUAUGCAAGUUGAUAUUGUAAAAAACCUCUGGUCUAGUUUGGGGUUUUUCCAUUUGAUUUACAAUUUCUAGAGACAGACAAAUACAUUUUUUAAGUGUUUCUUAACUGACCUUAUGCUACGAUUGCUCAUAGUUUGUAUGUCUUUGGCCAAGUUUCUGAUAAAAGCCUUUAAAAUCUAGUUGGCUUUAAUUGUGAAUACCAACUCAGUUUCUAAAACGACAGGUUUCUUUGUUUGUAUUCUUCACUAGAACAUAUUAUAUGUGAAUUCAAUUAAAGUUUCACACUGCGUUAGGUGCAGAUGUAUUAAACAGAAUUUGUAAGAAUAUUUCUCGUGCUGAAGUUCCCCGUAUUAUAGUAAGUAGCAGGUUACAAAAUAAAAUGUUUAGGUCCUAAAGCCACAAGUGACUCCCAGAAUAUACAUAAUUUGUUGCCAACUUGCAUGUAUGUAGACUGCUCCUUUUCCACCUGCACUUGUUUGCAAGCCUCUACAGUGUAGAAAAGGGUUAAAUUAUUAUCUAGAAUCAGCAGAGGCAUUUUUGUAUGAAUACUACAAGAGAAUUGAGGAUCCAAAGAGUAGGAUGUCUUUAAUUUGUUUCCUUUUUUUUUUGUUUAUAUUUAUUUUAUUUUUAGAGAAAAGGUUUAAAAUAAGAAUGCAUUUUUUUUUUUUUUUUUCAAUUAAAUACUGGAUCCAUUAGAGAGCACAUCCUGCUAUGGAAGGCGAGUUUUAGUUUUCCAUUCUGUAGUGUCUGUGUAAAACCUGUUAGGAGAUUAACUGUGUUCCUAGGACAAAAAACGAAAUUGGUGUUCCUUAGACCUCCAGCCAUUGGGGUGCAGCUGUUCUGAAAGUUGUAAUCUACCUUUGCAUAUGCCAAAAAUGAGCUAAAUGUGUUUUAAAUGGGAACUAUUACAAAACGUCCUUAUCUUUGUGACUGCACUUAAAUUUCUAAUUCUGUAAGUCGCAAAAACGAGUGAAGUACAACCAGUAAAGUGUCAGUACUGAAAUGUAGCGCUGUGGCAUAUUUUCUUAUAUACUACAUAUUUAUUUUUUUAAGUAAUAGUUCCUCUUUAAAGGCUUAACCUUGAUAAGGCCUCUAGUAGUGUAUGUUAUUACAAAGUUUACAUUAAAUGAAAUAUUGAAUCUAUCUGAACUCCCAUACAGUGAUUCCAUACUUUGUAUUUGUAAGAUGGUCUCCUCUGGUACAGAUGUCUGAGCAGGUGCUGAAACUUGACUCUUUUCACAGUGACCUUAGUAAACAGGGAAAUGUAUGUAUUUGAAAGUGUGGCUACUAUUAAAGGGAAGAUCCCUUUAAGACAGGCUUCCCCAAACUCCAGCCCUCUAGAUGUUGCUGAACUACAACUCCCAUGAUUCUCAGCCUAUCUCUUAUUCAGAGAAUCAUGGGAGUUGUAGUUCAGCAACAUCUGGAGGGCCGGAGUUUGGGGAAGCCUGCUUUAUGAGAAUACUAUAGGUACCAAAUUAACUUUGGCUUAAUAAAGAAAUUUUGGUGUGUAUAUAUAAUGUCCCUGCGCUCAAUUCUCUACCAUUUAAGAGUUAAAUUAGCUUUGUUCAUGCAGCCUUAGUUACACCUCCGUACAUGUGACUUGCAGAGUCCCCCUAAACACUUCCUGUAAUCUGUGAAAUGUUUAAACUUCCUUUAUUGCACAUUCUGUUUAAUUUAGAUUUAUCUCCUGCUCUUUAUAUAGCCUGCAGGAGCCUCCUGUGCGUAAGUUCAGUUUACGGUGCAGCAGCUAAAAACCUCAACAUAAAAAGUAAGUUUUUAAGACCUGAUUGAAAAUGUAGACUGUGUGAGUCACAGCCAGGGGAGGUGUGGCUAGAACUACAUACACCGAAAAGUGACUUAACUUCUAAAUGUCAGAGAAUUGAGCUGUGAAGAAUGCAUGGCCAUGAUGUAUACACCAAAACGGCUUCAUUUUUUUGGUGCCUAUAGUAUAGCAUGGAUACAGAUUUCUAUAAAAUGUUAUACAUGCAGCAAUAUGUUAAUCUAACUGUAAUUUGAUAAAGUUGUAUUGAUGAAAAUGAAAUUGGUACAAAACUAAAAAUCAGUGCUACAUAAGUACUUAAAAUAAAACCCCUCUGGAAAUUAUCUAGUUGCAUACACUUGACCAGCCAAACAUGGCAUGCCCUGUAAAUAUACAUCAGAAUUUGCUAUCGAACGGCCUCUUCUUUAAACCAUAAAUCUUUCUUUUCUCUUAGAACAAUCACUGCUUUUGUACUUACAAUCUUUUUGGCUGUUGCCUGCUCCACUUCCCAGAUUAUUGGCUAAGCAUGCUGCAGGCAGAGGGAACUUGAUUUCCAAAAAGGUCACAACACUAACCCUCUAGUUAAUGGAAGGGUCUCCCUGCUCAGAUAUCUGCCAGAGACCAACUUAUUGAUUUAAUGUAGUUUUGUUUGCAAAAACAUGCUGAAAACGUUAUCACAAAUUUCUGGGGCACUUUUUUUUUUUUUUUUGCAAUUGUGAUAUCAGCCGUUUAUUUACAUGAACAUGCUAAUUUGGGUUGUUACGGUCUUUAGGGAUACAGGAGAACAUACCAGAGCACACCACCAUUCAUUUAAAACUAGAUUACUCUUACAAAGUGACGGUGGUUGGCUGCCUUGUCAUAAAUAUUUACUGACUUAUUGCAUGUCUUCAAUGCUUCCACAUAGGGUGCAAAUCAUGAAAACAUGGUACAAGUGGAGUGUUCUAACACAUGAAAGUAUUUUAUUGUGUUCUGCUAUGUCACCAGCCUCUUCAACUGAACUGUAAUACCUCUGCUGUGAUGGGAUUUUUUUUUUGUGGUUGUUGCCACAAGUGACAGUCCUGCAGAACGAAGUCACAUGACUCUCAGCUAGUCUGAGAUUUGUGGGAGUUGUAUUUCAUGCAUCUGUGUGAAUUUCUUUUGGCAAUUCUUGUUCUAGAGUCUGAAUGACUUCUCAAGGUUGGCUUUUUUUUGUUUUUUUUGUACUUCAAAAACAUUGUAAUUCUUUUUUGAACAUCCUGCUAAUAAAACACGGGGGUUAUUUGAAAGCAGAAUAAAAGUUUAAUAAAAUAAUUCUGACGUUAUUUUUUCAUCUUUUGUUAAAUGGAGCAUUCAGUGACAGAUUCCAGACUCUUAUAAGAAACAUUUCUUCACUUCCCAGAGGCUAAUAAAAAUGUAUUUUUAAAUA